CCCAAGGCUCUCGAAUUGACGCCAAAAAAAUAUCCCCUCUUCACGUACAAAGGGAGCAAAACCCCAUCAAAUCUUUACCCAUCGCAAGUUCUAAGCAACUUAGACAAACCAAUCUAUUCUUCCAUAGCAGCUGGAGGAAUGGCUACUUCGAUUUCGGCAACUGGGUUUAAGGGAGGUUUAGGAACUUCCUUCUAUGGAAGUUGGGGUACUUCAAUAGUUGGUGAAGACUAUGCCAUGCUUGCCAAGUCAGUUCCCAACCAUGUUCGAGUUGCAAAGCCUGUAAGAGCACAGCCUAUGAUGAAGAACGUCAAUGAAGGAAAAGGUCUGUUUGCUCCUAUUGUGGUUGUUACACGCCAAAUUAUUGGCAAGAAGAGGUUCAAUCAGUUCAGAGGAAAAGCAAUUGCCUUGCACUCGCAGGUAAUUACUGAAUUCUGCAAAUCAAUAGGGGCUGAUUCUAAACAAAGGCAAGGAUUGAUUCGUCUGGCCAAGAAGAAUGGGGAGAGGCUUGGAUUCCUUGCAUGAUGAUGACCACACACGUGUAUUUUGUCUUGACUAUUAGACAUGUUCAAGUUAUAGUUCAUUCCAAGGGCGUCCAGAUGUAAAUACAUUCAUCAUCUGGGUUUUCCUUGGGAAUUAGAAUGUAAACCAGAUACCUUUCCUUCAUAUGUAUUUUCAAUCUUCAGUUUAGUUGUACUAUUUAAUUUA